GUCUCGUCAAUUGCACGUCCCGGCAGCUGUUUUUUUCGAUCAGCUCAUCGCUCGUUCGAUUGAUGAAAAGUUCUUCUGCAGCAUAGGCACCUUCUUUUGGCUGGGAUUAUUUGCAGCGAAAUCCACAUCUUUGGAGCCAGCAAUCGUCGGCUGAGGUAUCGGGUGCAGCAAUAUCCGGAAGCCAGGACCAAGAGGAAUAAAAAGUCAGAAUCACACUCUGGGCGGGUUCGGUACGGGUGAUUUUCCCUUUCCUCCGUUGGUUUUGAAGAUUCCCCCUCCAAUUUCCCGUGCAGUUGAUGGUUUUUUGAUGGAUGCAAACCCCUCACUCGCUAUCGGCAACCCCACAAAAUGGCUGCAGCACGGCGGGACGGGUCUCACACGGAGCCCACCGCACGGGCUCUGGCGCUAGAGACGGCGGUCUCCCAGUCCCCUCGCAGGCUCUGAGCAACGGCCAUCCAUCACAUGUUGGGGGGGAGCUCUCGGAUGGGAAGGGUCCUGGCCGCAAUGCCAUGAAAGUGCCUAGAAUUUACUGACCCUAGCUGCAGAAGGCUAUUGAGGUCCGCAAUCUGUGUUCCCCCCGGCGAACAACAAAACAACGCCCCUCCCCGACUCCUGCUUCUUCAGAACCCAGUUGCUGUCUCUCUCACCGAUAGUCAUCGACCUGAAGAAAUUCUGCACUGCUGACGAUUACGGCCCUCCGACCCAAUCACAACCACCAACAGCUGUCAGUAGGUUGCUGCGUGUCUCUGCCCCACUGCGUCACGAGCACAGCACACAGCUUCCCCGAGCCCCUCCAUCGAAUCGCGAAUCAGGUCGUUCAGCAGACCGCCCCGUCACUGGCCGAUUGCGCGACCCGACCGACCACUUAGAGGACGGCUACGUAAACAACAAAAGAGAUGGGCCUGUUUUCAAGAAGAGACAAGGCGCCGAAGGCGGCCGCCGACGAUCAGCCAGCGCUGGCCAGCUCCCAGUCUAAAACCUCCCUCACCUCGGCUUCCUCGAGCAUUGUCACCCCGAUCAACACCAGCUCCCGCGUCAUCAACCGCACAUCAGCUGGAACGACGAGCACCGCCGGCCCAGGAACCCCUUUGACCCCUUUUUCCCCAACAGGCAUGAAUCCCACACUUCCCAAAGUCGACAUGCCGAGACCACCAGAUCCCCAGCUCGACCCUGCCGGGUAUCUUCGCAGCCUAAGCGCUGUGCGGGAGCGUUGCCAAAUCUUGUGGUCCAAGGCCCUGAAGAACGACCUGCGACACUUUGAUGUCGACAUGCGCAAGUUUCCCGAUGUGGUCUCUUUUGUAGCCAACAUCAUCAAGAGAGAUUACGAUGCCCCUUUUACCACUAUCCCACCACAUGGCCGAUACCAGCAUUUUGGCGUUGGUGGCCGUGACAGAAUUGCCCAUCUUUUGGCGACUUGGCCCGAGGACAUGGUGGACAACACGGAGAAAUGCAAACGCAUGAUUGACCUUUUCCUCGUGAGCGUUCUGCUUGAUGCAGGCGCUGGAACCAAGUGGAGCUACAAGAGCGUCGAGAAUGGCCGGGUAUACAGACGAUCAGAGGGCAUUGCUGUGGCCACCUUGGACAUGUUCAAGACGGGCCUGUUCUCUGGCAGCCCAGCAAACAAGUACCAAGUGGAUAAGGAGGGCCUCCGACAACUGACCGUCGAGAAGCUGGCUCAGGGACUUCAGUCGACGCCCGGCAACGAGAUGGCUGGUCUUGAGGGCAGAGCCCAACUCCUCAUUCGCCUGAGUGAGGCUCUUAACAACACGGAGUACUUUGGCGAGGAUGGCCGGCCAGGCAACAUGCUUGAUCACAUCCUCUCGCACCCGUCAACACAAGCAUCUAGCGUGAUUAUUGUGCCUCUUACGGUGCUCUGGAACGUCUUGAUGGAUGGUUUGGCGCCAAUUUGGCCGCCAUCACGGACGGCUAUCAAUGGUGUUUCGCUCGGUGAUGCUUGGCCAUGCAGCUCUAUGCCCCAACCGGCCCAAUCUCCAACCAGCCCCACCUUUUCUCCUUUCCCCAACACCACGGGCCAGUCGAAUGGCAUUGCACCCUGGGAGAGCAUCCUACCCUUCCACAAACUCACCCAAUGGCUUACGUACUCGCUCAUGCAACCCAUGCAGAGCAUUAUGAAGAUUCAGUUUGCUGGUCAGGAGCUCCUGACUGGGUUGCCAGAGUACCGAAACGGUGGGCUAUUUAUCGACAUGGGUGUUAUGACACUCAAGCCUGAGGACCAAGAGCGGGGUCUGCAACACUACGCUGAAUACUGCCAGCGUACAGGCACCAAGGCCGUCGAGGUUGCGCCCAUGUUUGAGCCUAGCGAUGAUGUUAUCGUCGAAUGGAGGGGUGCCACAGUGGGCUUCCUCGAUAUGCUGGCUUUGGAGGUUAACCGAGUCUUGAAGGCGGAGUUGGCUGGCGGGGAGUUGAGUCUCGCACAAGUUCUGGAAGCUGGCAGCUGGAAGGGUGGCCGGGAGAUUGCCGAAGUCAGCAGGCCAAACACCAAAGAGCCACCGAUCUUGAUUGACAGUGAUGGGACAGUAUUCUAGGAACAUGGUGUCCGCGGCUGGAAGGGUCGGUUCUAAGGUGGCAUUUGCUAUUUUCUUCAGGUCGCUUCGGAGUCAGAGUCCCCGAGGCUGUAAAAGUUCCUUCGUCUUAGAGGUUAUCAUCGCCUCGAAUUUGUUCAUUUAUGUAGGCACGUGAAGCUCCAAGCUUCACUGUAGCAUUGUUGAGAUAUCCAUGGUUGCUUGCCGUGCAAAAGAGUUCAGUCAAACCUUUCACCACUUGAAUG